AUGGCGCCUAUCCCGAUCACAAUCGUCACGGGCUUCCUGGGCUCCGGCAAAACGACCCUCCUCCUCAACCUCAUCCCCCAACUCCCACCAACCUACCGCCUGGCCCUCCUCAAAAACGAAUUCGGCGACGUCGCGGUCGACUCCCAACUCGCCUCUACAUCCUCCAUCUCCGGCGUCCGCGAACUCCUCAACGGCUGCAUCUGCUGCAACCUGGUUGGCCAACUGAGCGACGCCCUCGAGCAACUCCGCACGACCGUCUCCCCGGACCGCAUCGUCAUCGAGACCUCCGGCAGUGCAUUCCCCGCCACGCUGGCGAUGGAGGUGAACCGACUUGCGCGCGAGGGGGCGGACUUCGUGCUCGACGGGGUGAUCAGCGUCAUCGACGUGGAGAAUUGGGAAGGGUACGAGGAUACGAGCUACACGGCCAAGUUGCAGGCGAAAUAUACGGAUUUGAUCGUCUUUAAUAAGUGGGAAGGGGUUGGGGAGAGGCGGUUUGACGAUUGUCUGGAUCGGGUGGGUGAUUUGGAGAUCGAGACGCCGUGGGUGAAGAGUGAUCGGGGGUUUGUGGAUAAGAGUGUUUUGUUGGGGAUUGAUGGGGCUUUGUUUGCGAAGGAGGAAGGGUUGUUGGAGGAUGGACAUGGUCAUGAGAAUGGUCAUGAGCACAAGCAUGAUCAUCAGUCUGAGGUAGAGGUGCUGUCCGUGCUGUUGAAGAGUGCGCCGGGCAAGAAUGUGGACGUUGAGGCCUUCGAGCGUCUCUUGCAGUUGGCGCCGAGGGAAGAAGUGUACCGCAUCAAGGGUAUCAUUCGUUGCUCGGCUGCGACGCCGCCUGUCGAGUCUUCGGAUGAUAUGGAGUCGAGGCAGGUGGGCGAUGCCUCGGAAACGAGGUACUAUAUCCUCAACUGGGCGUUUGGCCGAUGGACAUGUACCCGGUCGACGGUGGUUGCGGAGUCUGCUGAUGAAUCUGUUGCGGCACGAUUGACCCUCAUUCUGGCGCGGUACGAGUCGGGCAAGUGGAUAAAGAAGUUGGAGGCCGGUGGCCUUGUUCAGGUUGCUGGGGGAGAGACGGCCGAGUUGGCUGUGGAACGAUUGGUUUAA